UCGAUUUUAGGGUCCUUAGCGAAAUUGAUUCAUCACAUCAGGCACAUUUGCUCAUGGAUUCCUUCAAGCACUCAUGCGGAUGUACCAAGUCGAGACGCCAUCGUAUCCCAGUCCUCCGGGGGUCUCGAAGCUAUGACCCAUCGGAGACCGCCAAACUGGACAAGGCCCUAGAUCAGCUGAUUGAUUCGGCGUGGGACGAUAGAGACGAGGAAGCUGAUCAGUUGCUUGCGUGCUUCCUAGGAAAUCUGAAGAAAGGUAAUUAUGCCCACACGGAAGCUGAUUUAAGCGACAUUCUCAAGGACAAUCCAGCUACACAAAAUGCCAACUCAAUUCUCAGCAGCCUACAUGAAUAUCCAGGGGAGUCAUGUCAUUGUCGAGAAGUGAUGCACCGCGUCUCGAUAGUCCUGAACUGGGGUUUGGCCGAACUGCAGUGCAACAGAGAUCCAUGCGAGCAACGACUUUUGGAAGCCCUCCAUCAGCUGGAGCCCUUCAUAGAGAUGAUCGAAAAUGAAAACACCUGGAAGACAUUUUUGCAGCGACUGUGGAAUUUUAGCGUCGAAUCAUCGAAACUGAAACUGACCGCUAAAAUUAUUGCAUUCUACCCGGAUGCGAUUAACCAAAAUCUUGAAAAUCUCCUAAAUUCCGACCUAACGGACCCGGAUGCACUCCUGGACAACGAAAACUUCAACAGCGUGGUCACUCUCAUUACAAUUCCGGAAGUGUUUCAACAUGUGAGCCUCCACUUGGCCCGCCAAGAUGCCAUUUGCCCAGGUAAAACGCAAACUCUACUCGCUGCUAUUCUUAAAGCGCUAAGGUCAAAUGUGUCAAAAAGCAGAUUUCUGGCUUUGUAUCCAGAAACGAUUCGCUCGGUGGCUUUGAUGAUGUACGAGGCCAUUGACCCUGAUGAUCCGCUGCUUGUGGCAUUGCUAGAACAGAGUAAAAGAGAAAACGUGCUAGAUUUCACCAUUCUUGUUACACAUUUUCCCAUGUUUUUACACUUGAAAUAAGAAAAUCAUUUUUAAACAUGUUAUCCA